CUCGACUCUUUUCUCCAGUAGGAGAAAAUCCUCCGACACGUAUCGGUACGUGUCCCGAAUCCCGAGACUCGAAAUGUCGGAAAACCUGAAUCUGAAAUCCCUUUCCUCAGCUACUUAAGAACCAGAACUCUUGCAAAAGAUGAUUUCCAUUUCUCGUGAGACGGACGGUAGCGAAGACGAUCAGGCGGGCGUCAGAUUCCGGUGGUGAUUUCGCCUGAGAAGUCAGAUGCCUUCGGAAAUUUCGGCCGAGGAGUCGCCUGAAUGGCUGCCGGACGGCUGGAUUGUGGAGGUCCGUACGAGGAAGGGCGGUUUCUCAGCUGGAGCCAAAGACAAGUACUACAUUGACCCAACAAUGCAAUGCAAAUUCCGUUCCAAGGACGAGGUCCUUCGCUAUCUUGCAAAAGGAAAGCCCGGCAAGCUCAUGUCCCAACCGAUGUCUGUGCCAACUAUAUCUGUGCCAACGAUGUCUGUGCCAUGCAGAUGGAAGGUUCACCAAAAUGGUUGCCUAUGGGCUGGACUGUGGAGAUCAAAACCCGAAAGAAAGGUAGAAGACUAGGAUCCAGAUACAAGUGUUACAUUGACCCAAUAGAUGGAUACAAAUUCUAUUCCAAGCAAGACAUUUUUCGCUAUCUUGAGACUGGAAAGCGUGGCAGACAAACACCCAGAAGGAAGAAAAAAAGCAUAAGAUUGCUCUCCACAGACAACAAUUGCACUAUGGGAAGUUCACUGACCUGCCUGCCUCCAUGGUGGAAUGUGGAAACCAAAUUUGAAAAGAGAUUUUCGAUGGACGGAUUCCAAAUAGUCACGCCUCCUAGUGGAGCCGAAAGACAGAAAUUAGCAAAUACCACAGUAAGGAGAUGCCUUUUGGGGAGCUAUAGCUUGAUUUCGGAUGGAAGGAUGUCACAACAGAUUAGCGGAAUGCUUUGGGAAGAGCGGCCACUACAACUUACUAACCAUGGUAUUAAUCAGUGUUGGGAUGGCAGUGGGCCGAGUUGGUGCGCACCUCGAGAUGCUGAUGACUUAAUGCAGGCAAUGAGGGGCGCCCAAGCCACCCAGCAGGAAAAGCAGCCUUUUAAAUUGGAUGAGAAGAAGCAAUCAGAAUUCAAAGAUAGUAAGCCAUUGGAGAGUAGGCCGCUGCUGGAACAUGAACACAAGGUGUUGUGGGAGCAGCAGUCAAUGGAAUCAGCUGAUCAGAAUUCAUCACAGAUCAUGUUGUGGGAGAAGCAGUCGAUGGAACCGGAUAAUAAGAAUUCAUUACAGAAUGCAGCGCUGUUGGAAUCAGAAGACAGGUCGAUGUUGGAAUUUGGGGUGGAAAAGUUCAAGACAGAGAGGGCCCCACCACUCCAAUCAAGGAAACACAGAGCUGAAAAACAGACCAUUCUGCCUUGCCGGGCAUCAAGACGGUUGGCUGGUCUCAAAGCUGACCCAGCACCAGAGCCCACAGUCCCUGAUCAAUCUUGUAGGCCAUUGUCAAAAUGGCCCACUUUGCCUGAAGUGGACACUGCCCCUUGUGCUACUGAAGGAAUGGAAGUGCCAAAAGCAAAGUUCAAACCUGAAGAGCCAGAAUCUCUGCUGACAUUUCCGUCCGAGGAUUUGUGGCAGGACCCAUGUCUUGAAUUUGCAUUCAAGAUGCUUACGGGUGCAAUUCCGGUGGCGGAUGAUAAUUUAGCAAUCCAAGACUACUUCCAGCAGCAGCUACGGGUGGCCCAAUCUCGGAUACCAGCUGGGCUCCAAACUCCAAGCUAAGAUUUUCUUCCGGCGUGGCAACGACAGCUGCUUAUGGCGUUUUUGGGAGGAGAAAUGAUCAGACAGGCAUUUUGAACUUUCAAUUGCCUUCUUUCUCCAA